CUUCGGUUCUCUCUGGGGCCGGGGCCGGGGCCUCCUCCUCCUCCUCUCCCUUUUUUUCCUCCUCCAAUUGUUUUGUUUCUGCGCCCUCGGCGCGCCACCCGUGCGUGCGUGCGCGGUGCCGUGCACGGUGCCGGGUACGCGCACGGCGUCGGCCGUUGGGAGCUCCUCCUGGAAACGACCAGGACGGCAGGCAACGCCGCCGACCGACUCUUCCUCAGGAACACAUUGCGGAAAUUUAAAAAAAAAAUCUCCAACCGAAAGAGCUACUGCCACCAACGGCAGCCGAUUACCUACCGCGUCGAUUUGGAAUGUUGUGCCGGAAGUCCCACCUUCUUCCUCCCACUGCCCCUCGCGCUGCCGAAUGCGCUACUUCGAUUGGACGAGGCGGACGCCCGUCUCCGUUUGCGAGUGCGGGAUCGAACGCCGCCGUCAUGUCAUCAGAGGAGGGGCUGGCGAGGUUGUAAGCGCAUGCGCCUGGUUUGUUGUACCAGUGCAGUCUGGGAGUUGGAGUAUUGCAGUUUGCUUGCCUUUCACUUUCCCAACGCACAAUGGUAGAGACUAUGAUGAUGUUAUAAGUGUCAGUGCAGUGAGUCACUUUAAGCUGGGAGUUUUUUCACUCACUCAUUUGACUCAUUUUUGUUUAAAAUAAGGCACUGGAAGAACUUUGUUUUCUUCUAAUUUAUCACUUCAUUCACAUUGAGUUAGUCAGUUUUAACCUUUGAAAGGCAUUGCUUCAGUGCAUACUGAUUAAUCACAUUUGUUUAUCAUCACUUUUAUUAUUCACAAGUGACAUUCCUGAUGACUUACCCUUCUCACCCUUUCUGCAGUUUUCCACACAGCUGACUAUAACAACCUGUUCUCUCUGAUCUUAAGCUCCAGGCUUAGUUCCACUUUUAUCAGAUACUGUUAUUCUAAUUAUCCAGUGUCUCUAUUCAGCUGGAACAACGUCAAUAUGGACACAAUCUCUAUUGAAAUUAAUAAUUGUAAUUUGAAAAUGAGUCAUUACUGAUUUCAGUGAGGACAAAUCAGCGAUUAAAGUUAACUGUAAGCUGACACACAUGCUUGUUGUUGCUUGCACAAAGAGGCCUCAAAGGGAGUCAGAUUGAAUGACCAAGAACUUUGCAGUUGCUAUAUAAUAUACGUAAGUACAAAUUUAGAUAGGGUCCUGAGAGAAUAGGGCCCCUCAAAGAUCAGCAAGGCAGCCUUUGUGUGGAGCCGCAGA